GGCACAUAAAGGAGUAUAGGGCAGAGAGCCGAAAAAACAGAGCUGAGAAGUAAAUUAUUUAAGCGGUUGACUCAUUCAUAAAUCAAACCAAUUACCUCAAAGAUUCAAUAAAACUAAAAACUACAAAACAUGAAAAAAGUGUUCGGAGGAAAUAAGGAAUCCGGUGAAUCAUGCAACUUGUUCAACUCAGUUGUAGCAUUGUCUUUGUCUUUUGGAGCAAUUCAUUUCAAUGUUUCUUUGAUACUCUUUGCUCUUUUCUUCCUUCCUCUCUCAAAAGCACUUUUGAUCUUUGGUUUUCUCAUACUGUUUUCGGUCCUUCCUGUGGAUAAGGACAGUUUAUUGGGUCAAAAAUUAUCCAGAUUCAUAUGCAAACAUGUUUGCAGUUAUUUCCCUAUCACGCUUCACUUGGAGGAUGCAGAAGCUUUCCAUCUCAAUCAACCUUAUGUUUUUUGCUAUGAGCCACAUUCAAUUUUCCCAUUAGGCAUUUUUGCACUUCAUGAAAACGUAGGCUUCAUGCCUAUUCCAAAUAUAAGAUUUCUUGUUAGCACUGCAUCUUUCUACAUACCAUUUUUGAGACAAGUAUGGACAUGGUUGGGUUAUUCAUCAGUGGAGAAGAAAAAUUUAAUUUCCUUGUUGGAAGCUGGCCAUAGUUGCAUUAUAGUACCUGGUGGAAAUCGAGAAACACUUUUUAUGGAGCAUGGUUGUGAGAAUGUAUUUCUUAAAGAAAGAAGAGGAUUUGUUCGAAUGGCAAUGGAGAUGGGUCUCCCCCUUGUUCCAGUUUUUUGCUUUGGUCAGACAAAUAUCUAUAAUUGGUGGAAAGUUCCUGGUAAGGUAAUUCAGAAUCUUGCAAGGUCUAUGAAGAUCUUUCCAUUAAUAUUUUGGGGAAUAUUUGGAUCUCCUAUACCGUUCAAGAAACCAUUGUAUGUUGCUGUGGGUAGACCAAUUCAGCUUCAGAAAAAUCCAGAACCAACAAUAGAUCAGGUUGCCAAAGUACAUAGUGAGUUUAUUAAAGCACUUCAAGAUCUCUUUGAACGACACAAGGCUCAAGCUGGAUGUGAAAACCUAGAGUUGAAAAUUGUUUGAAAAAUUAAUUUUCCAGUAUCCGACAUCACCUCAAAACAUAUAGACCAUGAGUACGAAAUCCGAGGCAUGGGAAAAAAUAUUACUCGUAAAAAGAAAUAAGAGUAUUCCAAACAUAUUAUGUGUUCCUCAAUCAUUUCUCAUAUAUUUGAGUCGGAUAAUGUAUUUUAGUAAUACAUUUCCUUCUAAUUUAUUUGUGAAUUACCUUAUUAUUAUAGUCAAGACUAGUCAAGCCAAAUCA